AUUAGUAGUUUCUUCAGGAGUUGUGCCAAGGGUAGUCGUUUCUGCAGGAGUUGUGCCAAGGGUAGUAGUUUCUGUAGAAGUGGUGCCCAGGGUAGUAGUUUCUACAGGGUAGUGUGUGUACAAGUGGUGGUACAUUCUAAGGAAUCGGUAUCUGUCAUAAUUGUUUUUUUCACACAAGUGGUGCCAGUGAUAGUGGUUUCUGCAAUAGUGGUGCCAAGUGGCAGUUUGAUACAUUGUGCUAUUAACAGCAGAUGUUAUGCCAGGCGUAGAUACAACUGAGGUUGAGGUUUCAGCAGUUCUCAUUUCAAAUGUGGAUGUUUCCAAUACUACUUGCGUUGAACUAGCUGAAUGUGUAGUUUCAACAGAAGCAGUGCCAAGUGUAGUAGUUUUUUCAGAAGUGGUGACGGGGGUAGUACUUUCUACAGAAGUGGUGCCCGGAGUAGUAGUUUCUGCAGGAGUUGUGCCAAAGGUAGUAGUUUCUGCAGGAGUUGUGCCAAAGGUAGUAGUUUCUGCAGGAGUUGUGCCAAGGAUCGUAGGUUUUGCAGAAGUUGUGCCAAGUGUAGUAAUUCCUACCAUUGGCACCACUUCUGGAGAAGUUUCUGCAGCAGUGAUGCCGAGGGUAGUAGAUUGUGAAGAGAUGCCCAGAGUAAUAGUUUCUGCAGAAGUUGUGACCAGGGUUGCAGUUUCGGCAGAAGUAGUGACCAGGAUUGCAGUUUCGGCAGAAGUUGUGCCCAGGGAAGUAGUUUCUGCAAAAGUGGUGCCAAGGGUACUAGAUUCUGCAGAAGUGGGUCCUGCAGAAGUGGUUUCCAUGGUAGUUUCUACAGAAGCAGCGCCCGGGAUCGUAAUUUCUGCAGAAGUUGUGCCAAAGGUAGCAGUUUCUGCAGAAUUGGUGCCCAGAGUCGUAGAUUCUACAGAAGAGGUGCCCAGAGUAUUCGUUUCUGCAAAAGUGGUGCCAAGGGUACUAGUUUUUGCAGAAGUGGGUCCUGCAGAAGUGGUUUCCAGGGUAGUAGUUUCUGCAGAACUUGUGCCAAGGGUUGUAGUUUCAGCAGUAGUGGGUCCUACAGAAGUGGUGCCAAGGAUAGUAGAUUCAGCAAAAGUUGUGCCCAGGAUAGUAGAUUCUACAGAAGUGGUGCCAAAGGUAGUAAUUUCUGCAGAAGUGGUGCCCAGAGUGGUAGAUUCAACAGAUGUAGUGCCAAGAGUAGAAGUUUCUGCAAAACUGGGAUCUGCAGAAGUGGUUUCAAGACCAGUAGUUUCUACAAAAGUGGUGCCAAAGGUAGUUUCUAAAGAAGUGGUGCCAAGGGUACUACUGUCUGCAGAAGUGGUGCCAAGGGUAGUAGCUUUUGCAGAAGUUGUGCCCAAGGUAGUAGUUUCUACAGAUGUGGUAGUAGUUUCUGCAGAAGUGGUGCCAAGGGUAGUAGCUUUUGCAGAAGUUGUGCCCAAGGUAGUAGUUUCUACAGAUGUGGUACCAAAGAUAGUAGUUUCUACAGAAAAGUUUCCAAGAUGCCAAAGGUAG